AUGCAGGAGGAGGAGAAGGAGGAAGCAACUUUAAAGCUCCCUGAUGACCGGCUUAUCGUUAUCGCCAUGUGCGGGGAUCGCCACCGGCCGAUGGAGGCGGAAACCCACGGCACUAUUCAGCGUCAAUCCCCCGUCUCGGAUUGGCCGCCCGUCGGGUAUUAG